UGUUCUACCUUGCUGCCAUCUAGUGGCUUAGGCUUUAUGCAUUCCUUGAAGGCAUUCAUAGCAGGCAUAUACAGAUGUUAACAAUAAUAGAAACUUUGUUAAUAGUCUGGUGGUUACGGAAAGAGAGUGGGCCAUUUGACCCUGGGGGUUGGCAAAUCUACUCUUGCCAGAAAACUGUCUCAGUCCUGGAAGUGUAUCUUGGUUGAUGACACAGAACUACUGAAUUUACACAUCCAGGAUCGUACAGAGAAAGGCAUAGAGGUGAGCAGUGUCUCUGUUCAGGCCAAGGCAGAUUCUUUGCAGAUAUCCUGUCCCUGAUGUUUCCUGAUAACGGCUCAUGUUUCAGCUCAUGAAUAUUCUGAACGAGGGGAAGAGUAUUCCAGAUGAUAUGAUGUUUCAGUUAAUUCUUGACAGACUCAAAUCGCAAGAGGUCGAGCACUACGGCUACGUGCUGAGCUGUCUGCCCUCCUUAUCAGAGGAGUACCUGAAGAUCCAGGAUCAGAUUGAGCUGAUAAAGAACCUGAAGCUGACCCCUGAUUUCAUCAUCAACAUCAAGUGUCCAGACAGGGACUUGAUCCGCCGGCAGACUGGCCAGCGGCAGCACCCAGAGACAGGCCGGGUGUUCCUGAGAGAGCAGUGGGACCUGGUCAAGAAAGAAACCACCAAGAAGAGGAGUGAUGCAGAGGAGGAGGAGGGGGAGGAGGAAGAGGAGCCGCUGGAGGAGGUAGAGGAGGAGGUGGAGCGGGAACUUCAGAAGGAAAUGAUCAUCCAGUUGGUGCGAACACCAGAUUACUUUCCAAAAAACGCUCACCAAAGAAUCCUGCUGUACAAGGACACCAUGCUUAGACCCUUGGAGGACUACAUGGCAGACCAUAACCCCCUCUACCUGUUUGAGCUGGAUGGAAAUAAAACCACAGAAGAGCUCUUUAUGUCUGUGCUGUCCCGUCUGGAGUCCAUGGCGGUGAGGUCGGCGGCUGUUCCCAUUCGCCUGCUCCAGCUGGAGGAGGAGGAGCUGCCCGAUGAGAUUGACACGGAGGAGUUGUUGCGGACCCUGGCCUCGUGCAAGACGGUGGCCCCCGGGUUCAGGUGGAGGAGGAGCCGCUGGUGCAGAGCCUGCCCUGUGGCACUGAAGGAGGGCAAUAUCAUCAAGGGCAAGCCAGAGUUCUCUGUGGGCUUCCUGGAUAAAAUCUACAUCAUGGCUUCCAAGGAGGCAUUGGACAAGUUCAUGACCAACCCCCGGCACUACCUCCUGCCGCCCAUGCCCAGGCCGCCCUGCAAGGUGUCUGUGAUCGGCCCUCCGUGCUCAGGGAAGAGCACACUGUGCGCCCUGCUGGCCCAGCACUAUGGAGCAGAGCUGUUGGACCUGGAGGCCCUGACGGAGCCUGUUGUGACCAAGCUCAGACAGGAAAUGCUGGAGAAGGUCAGACAAGAUGUAACCCAGCAAGCCAUAGAGAAGAUCAGAGCCAAAAUGGAGAUGAAUGCUACCAAUGGCCGGAUGGAAGUGAGUCCCGUCAUCAGUGAGACGGCGCCUGAGGAUUCAGAAAUGCUACUGGUGACAGCUAACCAUCCGGAGGUGAAGGCCAUUGUGGAGGAGGCACUUAGAGGGGUGGAGCAAAAUACAGCCCCACCCUCUCUCGACCUGUAUGCUGAGGUUCUAGAGAAGCGCAUUAGACAGAUUGAAGCAGCAGAUGCCAGUUCAGAGAUCAAGAGAGGCUGGGUGCUGGACAACUUUCCCAGGAACAGGGCUCAGUUGGCCACCAUUCAGGAAGUCCACGCAGGGAUCAUGCCCGACAUUCUUUUCUGCCUGAAGGACAACGACGGUAAGACAGUUCUGACGAGGCUGUACGAGCGGAACAAGCAGGAGGUGCACCAGGCUGUCAUUCUUAGGCUCCAACGGGAGGAGAACGAGAGAGCCAGUGAUGCUUUACGUAGACAGCAGAUUGAGGCAGGGGUGGAGCCUAUGGCUGUGGAUGCCCAGGCCAAGCUUGCUGUGGUGGAAGAGGAAAUUGAGGGCGCAGCCAAACCAGAUUCUGAUCACACAGACACAGGCCCUCACACUGUCAGCAUCAAAGAGGAAGUGGUGAGUCUACCUGCAGUGUUGGAGAGCGGCUACCCUGAUGGCCCAGAGAUGGAUGGCUUCAAGCAGCAUCUGAAGCUGUUUGUGAUGGACUGGGAGGGUAUGGAAACGUCUAUCACAGGGGUUUACUCUGUCCUGGAGAUCGCUGGCAAGAGCCCAGAGGAGCUGCUCAAUGAGAUGGUCCUCCAGAUGGAGAAGCCUUUCAGGUACGUGGGCUGGGAGCUGUCUGGGGUGGACCUGGAUGAGGAGGAGGAGGUCAUCCAGGCCCUGGCUGACCUGGAGAAGAUGGAGAACGUUGAGGAGGAACAGGACCAGGAGACUGAAGAAGAUGCCGCGUCUAAGAGAGUGAUGGGCGACACCCGGAACUUCUGCCCCGUGGCCUUGAAGGAGAGGGGCGUGCUGGUGCCCUGUCCAGAUGAGAACGCUGCCAGGUACCGGGAGAAGAUCUUCUACUUCACCAGCCCUGAGACACGAGACCGCUUCCUCAACCGCCCAGAGGAAUACGUGGCCCGCACUCACCUCCUACAGCCUCCCGCUCUGAGGAUUUUCCUGCUAGGAACCAGGGGGUCAGGGAAGACCACCCAUGGCAAGUGGCUGGCAGAGAAGCUGGGCAUCUUCUACAUCCAGUUCCGGGAACGUCUCCAAGAGUUGAUCCUGGCCAAGACGCAGACCCGCGUGCCCUACUCUGACGAGGUGGAGCCCCCCGAGGAGCCCCCCGAGGAGCUGGCGGGCCUCCUGGAGCAGGCCGAGGGCCGGGCGCCCCCCUCUGAGGACGAGGAGGACACAGACACCUCUGACAGGAGGGGCAUCCCCCACGAGGAACCUGCUGGAGAGGAGGUGGUGCUGACAGAUGAAGAGGAGGCCAUCAAGUCUUAUCUGUUUGAUGGAGACCCUCUGCCAGCGGAGAUCCUGGAGAUGGUCCUGCCACAGUUCUGGGACCAGGAGCCUUACAGGUCUACUGGGUUCAUCCUGGAGGGCUUCCCCCAAAACAGUGACGAGUUCCAGUUCAUGGGCGAGCGGCAGCUGUUCCCCGACGUCGCCGUGGUCAUGGCGGUGGAGGCAGCGGACGUGGCCCGGCGCCUGCUCCCUCCCCGCCUCGCCAGGUGGAGAGAACGCCGUGGGCGGCGCAGGGAGCAGCUCAGACAAGUCAAAGAGCUUCGCCGCAAAAUACGGGAGGAUGCCAUCACCAAGAGAAGAGCAGAGCUUUUAGCGGAACACUCCAAACAGCCCUCCAUGAAGGUCAAGGACGAGGAUGAGGACGAGGACACGGAGGAUUUCGAGGAGGAGGGGGAAGACAUGGAGGAUGAGAUGGAGGCCAUGCUGCUGGAGGAGUUCCCCCCAGAGGAGGACGAGGAUGGGGAUGACGAGGAGACGGAGGAGGUGGCCGCGGAGAGGCUGGAGGUGGAGAUAGGAGAACGCUUCGAGUCAGACGACAACAACCUGAACCGGAUUAUGGACCUGCUGAUGGAGAACCAGAUUCCCAAACAGACUAUCAGCGCCGGCCGUAAGCCCAGGAUUGUACGCUACCAGCUGCUCCAGAAGGUCCAGCCUCUGCUGUCAAACAGAGAAGCCCUGUUCCUCAAGUGCCAGCCCCUCAGCUACUCCCUGGCCCGCAAGCUGAUUCAUUUCUCCUACAAGUACCCCACCGCCUAUGGCUGCUGGGACCCAGUCAGGUUCACAGAGGGAGACCUGAUCCAGCCCAUGCAGGGCCCCAUUAACACCACCUACGCUGUCCUCCUGCACCAGUUCAUCUACUUCUUCGCCUCGAAAGAGACUCGCAAUACCUUCAUGGUCAACCCCAUCAAAUACCUGAAGCAGCCCAAGCCCAACUCCUCCCUGCCCGUCAAACUGGCCAUAGUAGGGCCUCCCAAGUCUGGAAAAACCACAGUGGCGAGGAUGUUUGCCAGUGAGUACGGGCUGGCGCGCCUGUCGAUCGGGGACGUGAUGCGUAUGGUGCUGAACAGCCAGGGCAAGACGGAGCUGGCCGCCGACAUGCGCGGCUACCUCUCGCAGGGCCUCACCGUGCCAGACGAACUGGCCAUCCAGUGCCUGGAGGUGGCGCUCAUGAGCCUGGUGUGCAGCACCCGAGGGUAUGUGCUGGACGGCUUCCCUGUGAGCCGCAGGCAGGCUGACCUGAUGGAGGCUCACAGCAUCAUCCCCAUGAGGGUGGUGGAGCUGCAGAUUGACACGGUGGAGGUUCUCAAGAGAGCCCUGGGGGACAAGAUGAAACCCACCAGGCCCCACCUGACUCACGGCAGCCCCCAGAUCCUGACCAUCCGCAACUCCAGCUUCAAGAGGGAGGUGGAGGCCGUGAGGCAGUACUACCAGCAGCACUACCAGAACUGGUUGGUGCUGGACGGGAACAACAGCAAGUGGUGGGUGUGGAACCGAGUCCUGGAGGAGACCCGCAUCAGCAUGACACACAUCCACACCUACCUGGAGAAGAUACAACUCGGUCAGGCUGCCAGCAUCGACAGGCUGUGCAUCACCCCCAAAGAGCUCCUGUCUCGUCUUGGGGAGUUCAGCCAGUACUGCCCUGUCAGCCUGGCCCUUCAUCGCCAUCUGGUGGACUGCUCCGACAUAGCAUCCCUUGAGCUGGCCGCUGAAUUCAGAGGACACUAUUACAAGAUGUGCUCACAAGAGCACUUAAACCUCUUCCUGGCCAUGCCAGAGCAGUUUGUGAUCCCGGGCUGCCCUCACCCUCUGCCCCCUCCCCGCAUGCUGCCCAGGAAGCUGACACCCUCCCAGUUGAAGGGCAGGUUCCCCCAGCAGGUGGAGAUGAAGGGAUACUGCCCCGUCUCCUUCCUGGAUGGGAGACAGAGGUAUGAGGCGCUGGUCCGUGGAAGCAUGGAACAUGCUGUAGAAUACCAGGAACGGAUCUACAUCUUUGAGACUGAGGAGAAACAAGUAAAGUUCCUAAGAAUGCCUGAUACUUACUGGGACCAAAGGCUGCCUGAUAAGCUGCCCCCCAUGAGUGAGCCUGUGCAUCUCACCUCCCUCCCCAUGCUGGGAUACCUAGAACAGGGUGUUGCUAGAGCAAUCAUCAAAGGCCUGACUGCUGUUGGGUGUCUCAAACCCAAGUUCCCUUUCCUCAGUGUGAAGCGGUCAUCUCUCCUCUAUCUGGCCUUCUAUUUGAAAGCCUUCAACCCCAACAACUCAGACUAUGUCCGUAAAAAGUACAAGAGGAAGCUAGCAUUGUUUGAGGAGAAUUGUGAACUGAUCUCUUACCUGGGGUCGACAAUGACCAGGGAGUACAAGGCCCCCAGGGAGCAGCCCAUUGACUUUGAGUUCAAGCUGCACAGGUUUUUGGCAUUUGGUGAUUCACCUGGGACUGCUGCCGGUGUGCUAUAGUAUGCCUAGGCUCAUGCAGAAGUUACACUGUCCAUGACUAGCCUACUCUCAUUGUCAUGUGGUCUCAAUAAAUAAAUGAAACUAUCUUUCUUUUAAAAUUGCUGUGAAAAAAGUGCCUUGUCACAUUUAGGACGUUUUUCUGGAGAACGUUGUGAGAGUUUUGUAAGCACUUAUU